AUGUGUUCGUGCUGCUUGAAUUCCCAGAUGAACCCGCUCAUGGGCACUUUCAAGUCGUCGGUGGCCACAAGAGUCACCUACGCCAUCAUCUUCCUAUUGGUGUCUAUUCUGGCCUGGGUCGGCCAGAGCCACUCGCUGACGGCCCUCGUGGAGAAGUGGACGUGGGGGCUGUUCAAGUACGGCAACCAGUAUUGCAAAGAACACGGCUGUGUUGGGUUCACGAACGUGCAACGGAUCACCCUCUCGCUUGGAGUGAUGCAUCUUGUUCUUGCUGGAUUGCUGAUUGGAGUGAGGUCGACCGCCAACCCGCGCGCAGCCAUCCAAAACGGGUACUGGAUGCUGAAAUUGGCGUCGUUCGUCGUGCUCACGGGAUUGACUUACCUGGUGCCCGAUAAGUUCUUUCUUUCCUGGGGUAACAGCUUCUCGAUUUUGUUCAGUAUCUGGUUUAUUUUAAUUGGUUUGAUCCUGCUGGUGGACUUUGCACACGAGUGGGCAGAAACGUGCAUGGAACGCAUCGAGGAGGGCGAGAUCUACCUCGACGACUCGGAGUCGGAUUCCGGGUGCAUGGAGGGCCCCGCUUUUUGGCGAUCUCUGCUGGUUGGGGGCACGCUUGGGAUGUACGCCGGGGUUGUUGUUUUGACGGUGCUGAUGUACAUCUACUUCUCGCGCUCCGGAUGCGGCCUCAACACGUUCGCCAUCACGCUGAACCUGCUGCUCACGCUCGCGGCCACGGCUCUGUCUGUGGCUCCCGUUGUCCAGGAGUACAACCCGAACGCAGGUCUGGCACAGUCGUCCAUGUGCUGCAUCUACUGCACGUAUCUCGUGUUUAGCGCGUGUCUGAGCGAGCCGGACGACAAACAGUGCAACCCGCUUGUCAGAUACGCAAGCACAAGAACGUUUUCUGUGAUAGUUGGAGCGUUCUUUACCUUCACUGCCGUGGCGUACACAACCACAAGAGCCGCUGGAAACUCUGCGUUCCACCACAAGUCCAACGCAAACUACGCCUCGGGACUCGACCCGGUGUCCAACAUCGUUUCUGAGCAACCAAGCCGCAAAGACAUGCGGAUCGAGGCUCUUCGCCAGGCCGUCAACGAAGGAUCGUUGCCGGAGUCCGCGCUCAACGACCCUUCGUACUUCGAGGACUCCGAAGACGAUCUCGGCGAAGAACAAACCAGCAUCAAAUACAACUACGUGCUGUUCCACUGGAUCUUCUUCCUGGCUACGCAGUACAUAGCUUCGUUGCUCACAGUCAACGUUAACGUGGAUCAGGGCCCAGGAACGUUUGUGCCGGUCGGAAGAACGUACUUCAACUUCGGAAUGAAGGUCACCAGCUCCUGGAUGUGCUACGGACUGUACAUCUGGACGCUGUUGGCCCCAGUUUUCUUCCCAGACCGUUUUCUCUAA